UUAACUCAAAAUUUUAAAGUUAAAUUAUAAUUUUUAUACCACAUGUAUUUAUUCUACAACAAUUAUAAUUACAACAGUAGUGACAAUAUUUUGUGCACGGUUUUUAUAAUUGUUAAAAACUGUGGUUAUGAACGUACCCAAACUCAGAUCGUUUGGCAACUUUGACAUUUGUGACACCUUUCUAACCUCACUUUGAUAAAAUCUACACAAAAACAAUUUUUUGCACGACAACAAAGACGAGCGAUGAUGCCACACAAGGUUAAGGACCCACAAUUUUAGACCAACCCAUCGAACACCAGCUUACCAACCACAAAACAGAAUGGCUGCCUACGAAAACACCAUACCCAUGUCAGAGAGGUCUGCGCAGUCUUUUGAUUACUUCGCAUCAGUACCAACAGUGUCAAGUUUGGCCCAACGGUCGAGAAGUUUGGGACAUGAAGCACGAAGCCGGGAUUACGGGAGCGAAAGACCCAAUUUGGUCGUUUCCGGGAUGAAGAAGUUCACUAAAGCCUACUUCACCGGACCGAGGGGCAACCUAGACCUUCACGCUAACAAAAUCGUCGAAAAAUUGGAGGAAGACAAGUCUUUGAUGGAAGAUACACCGGUGUCUGAACAACUCAGAAAAGAAGCGCUGAAAAAUUUACCACAAGGUCUGACCAUGAAGAGGUGCGUUAAGAGCAAGUUGACGAAGUCUGUGAGCCAAAAAUCCAAAAGGAAACCCAUCGGGUUUUGGAAAAGACUCAAAUACAGCAUUAACAUCAGUUUUUCAAAGUUUGUGGCCAGUUUAAAAAAUUUCAAUUAUUUCGAACUGUGGCACGGAAGUCUGAAAGAUAUAGAAGGCCGUUUCGGCUCAGGUUAUGCUUCCUACUUCAAGUUUUUGCGAUGGCUGUUUGUUAUGAAUUUCGGUGUUGCUUUGCUGUCUUUGGGUUUGCUAGUAGUACCACAAAUUAUUUUAGACACUAGUGCUUCCAAUAAAACCACCAAUACUCAGAGCUUCAACUUUCGGAACAUUUUUAUUGGCGACGGUUUUUUCAUAGAAACCGUGUUCUACUACGGUCACUACACAAACCAGUUUAUUGAGGUAAUCCCGCACCUUAGUUUCGAUAUGCCCGCUUCUUAUUUUUCAGUUACUGUUAUACUGUAUGUUCUUUCGUUUGUUGUUUUAGCUGUGAGUGUGGCUGAAUCUUAUCGGCGUACGUUUAUCGAGACAGAAGGGGGAUUACAGAACGUGUACGCCAAUAGGAUUUUUUGUGGGUGGGACUACGGUAUAGCGACAAAAGAAGCGGCGCAAUUAAAAUCGUCGUCGAUUUAUUACGAGCUGAAAGAACUGUUAAGCGAAGAACUCAAAGACGUCGAAGACUGGUCGUGUUUGGUUAAGUUCUGGACGUACACUAUACAAGUGGUUGUUAAUAUUUUGGUGUUGGUGAUUUUGGCUGCCGUGGGUUGGAUGACGUGGGUUCUGAUGAAAAAAUCCAAUGAGGGAGAAAUCGCUGUGUACAUCACUGCUUUAGUAAUAAACAUUAUUAUAAUGGUGUUUCCGUCCCUUUUCUACUACAUAUCAAAACACGAAGAUUACAAAAACCCUAGAAUAACGCUUUAUAUAACUUUGGGACGCACCUAUCUACUCGGGGCUGUGAUACUAGGAACAAUUCUAGCGUUCUGGUUAAUUCACGCAGAAGGAAAAAACUGCUGGGAAACCCUUCUCGCUGCGGAAGUUUACCGCUUAAUAAUAUUCGAUUUUCUUUUUUCGGUCGUUUUAUCAGUGAUAGUAGACGUUGGGUACUUCAUAGGGCGCUACUUCCUCAACCGCGAACCAAAGACCGAAUUUAACAUCGCUAAACACACUUUGCAAAUAAUCUACAAUCAGGGUUUGUUGUGGGUGGGAUUUUUAUAUUCCCCGAUUUUGCCCGCAGUAGUGACCCUCAAAAUGUUUAUUAUAUGGUACGUCAAUCAAGGGUGCGUUCGCAAACUGUGUCGACCUCCGAAACGAACAUGGCGGGCUGCGCAGACGCAAACGUGGUUUAUGAUGAUGAUUUUUGUUAGUAUUUUAUUGAUUAUUGCGACACAUGGGUACGCUUUGAAGAGUGUUCGAACGUCACAAACUUGUGGUCCUUUCAAACAUUACAACUACACGUACGAAAUUGUAACCACUCAUAUCGAGGAUUUAGAACAGGAUUUGGCUUGGAGGGUUAUCAUGAACGUGACGAAACCCGGAGGGCUGGCUUUCAUUAUGAUAGCUUUGGGGAUUUUGGUGUAUUAUUUGAGAGAACAUGCGCUUGCGAAUCGGGAUAAAGUGAAAAUGUUGAAGGAAACUCUGGUUUGGUUGGCGAAAGAUAAGAAGUUUUUGGUGCAGAUGUACAACGAUGUGACGAAAGGAGAGAUCAACCCCCACUUGCGUGAUAAUCGAUUUGUCGAUCCUUCUAGAAUCCUACCUCAUGAGUUUACUGAAGACGUUUCGAGUUCUGUCGAUGAAGAUGACUUUCAUGCUAGGUUUAAAAAAUAUUCGUAGUUCCUAUUUUUGCCAAAUUAUUUAUUGCAAUUUUUUCUAAUGUGAUAUUUACAGUAUUUUAUCAAAAACUAACUUGUUACUAACAAAUGUAUUUUAUUAAUAGUGUUGAGUGUAAAGUGACGUAUGUAAUUAUGCAAGAGGUGUUGUUUGGUCACUUUUAUUUAUUACUGAUGUUUAAAUUGAUAAUUGGCAAUGAUUUGUGUAUAAUGUGUAUGCAGAAUUAUUUUAUCUUAUCAUAAGUUCAACACAUAUUCUCUUUAUGUUUGUGGAAAUUGCCAAUACAAAUAUUUUGAAGCUGUUCUUGAUAUGUAUAUAUAUACUAAAGUGAAGUUUUGUACGAUGAAAGUGAUGUAUUUAUGUUUAAUAAACGAAUACUUGAUAAA